UUAUUUCUUGUUUUAUUUUCCCUUUAAAAAUAAAAAUAAAAUAAGUGGCGACUCCAACCUUUUUCCAAAAAUUAUUUUUUCACAAAUAAAAAGCGAGUCUCGCCGAUCGAGUGGGGGCGCACGUGAAAAAUGCGGGUCCACACAACGACGAGGCCAAUCGGAAAGUUUGCCAAGGAAGAAAGGCUACAAGCAUGCAGGCAGUAACCGUUGCCGGAGCACAAGAAAUACAGGGAAAAAAGGGGCAUGAUACGAUUGCGGAAUGGAAACAACAAAAGGAAGUGUGCAUUCUAGUAUCAAUUCCCUAUUUAUAGGGACAGGAUCCCUAGGAACCCCAAACGACAACUCGACUGGAAGCACGCCGACCAAAACGACGCGCCGCCUAGCAAAAACCUCAAAUAACAGCUCCCCUCUUUAAAUGCCUACGGAUGCCACAUGUCAUGCAGCCGCUGGAAGGGUUUGAAAAGUUUUUUUAACCUGUCUUUUCUAUCCAAAGUAAAAGCUUGAGUUAAAAGGGGGCAUUGUGGGAACCUCAUGUGCUGCCACAUGGUAAGCCACCCCUGGCCCACGUGGCACCCUCACUCCUAUGUCCAAACGAGUCUAACCAAAGUCGAGUAACCUACCCAACCUAUGGGCAAGGAUGGUCGGAUACAUUAUGUCCUACUAAGGUGGCACGACGCACUCCGGGUAAACCUCCUGACCCAUUCCCAUGGGCAAUCAUUCCACCACAUUAGAAGUACACUUGAUGAGACAUCACCCUGUCUCCGUAGGCAAUCGCUACACCCCAUGCCAUACUUCUUACAGAUUGACGUAGUGGGUGGACCAUCACAUUACCCUUGUGGGCAGCCCUUGUUAGCUGCUUAAUUGAUGAUGAUUACUCUAUCACAAGCCGCCAAAGUUAAGGGUCCACCUUAGCAUAGAUGUGACCCCAUUCCAAACACUAUAAAAACCCUCCUGCAACCCAAAAUGAAGGUACGCAAUAUAAUUCUCUCCUUCCAUUGCCAAGAAGGAGGAUAUCUCUCUAGUUCACAGUUAAUUGUUUGACUUGGCCUUCGGAAGGUGUGUUCGGACAACCUGUCCGGACAUCUUUUGUAGGAACAGGGGAGGAGCCAUCCCCACGCCACUGCACCUAGUUUCUUGCUGCUGUAAUGUGGAACAGCCUCACCCCUAGUUGAUCAAGCUUCAACACAUACCAUACCUCUUUUCCUUAAUUUUUUUGUUUUAUUUUAUUUUUUUUCUCAUAUUUUCCUUUGAAUUAUUUCGUAAUAAAAAUAACCUAAAUUAAUUUAUUUUUUAUUUUCCUUUAUUUUAUUUUUCUUACAUUUUUUCUUAAAUUUUACAAGAACUUAUGAUUGAAGUCUGAAUUACUCUUUUGCAUAUAUUAUUUUAUUUUUGAGAUUUUUGUGAAUUCAUCCGUUCGAAUACCACCUAUGACCGAAGCCUUCUAAUCCAACGAAACGGGGCCGGGUUGGGAGACGUGGGCCUGGAUGGCACAUUUAACAGAUUUGAAGUGGGCCCGCCCAAUCCGGCCCAUCCAGACGGUGGAUAAGAAAGGGAGGGAUGCCGACUACUCUCUUAACUCUCUUCUCCUCCUCCCGUCUGCUGGGUCUCCUUUCAUUUUCCUUUUCCAUGGCGGUCACCGCCUCACUCUCCUGUAUUCGACUGCCUCUAUCACCAACAACCCAACACUUCCCCUCUCACUCCUUGUCCUUAUCUUCCUCUUUCACUCUAAACCCUUUGCAAACCCAUCUCCAAUUGCGCCUCCAACCAUUCCGCUCUGCCAAAUCCACCCUCCCCAUCAUUCGAAUGAGCAUGGAGGCUGGCGUGGGCGUCAUGGCCACCAAGCUCGGCAUGAUGAGCUACUUCGAGCCGGAGGGAAAGGUGGUGCCGGUCACCGUAGUGGGGUUCCGAGAAGGCAACAUCGUGACGCAGGUGAAGACCGAGGCCACAGACGGCUACAGUGCGGUGCAGGUGGGGUACAGGAGGGUGAGGGACCGGAAGCUGACGAAGCCAGAGAUGGGGCAUUUGGAGAAGGCCGGUACGAUUCCGAUGAGGCAUUUGCAGGAGUUUCGGUUGGUGUCGGUGGAUGGGUUUGAGCCCAAUCAGAAAUUGGUCUUUGAGGAGUUGUUCAAGGAGGGUGAUCUCGUCGAUGUUUCCGGGAUAACCAUCGGAAAGGGGUUCCAGGGUGGUAUUAAAAGGCAUAACUUCAGAAGAGGCCCCAUGACUCAUGGAUCCAAAAGCCAUAGAGCCCUUGGAUCCAUUGGUGCUGGAACAACCCCAGGCCAUGUUUAUAAAGGGAAGAAAAUGCCUGGUAGGAUGGGAGGAACCAAAACCAAGAUUAGGAAGCUUAAGAUUGUAAAAAUCGACAAUGAUCUCCGCGUUGUGAUGAUCAAAGGUGCAGUCCCUGGUAAGCCAGGAAAUCUUCUUCGUAUUACUCCGGCAAAGAUUGUUGGCAAAAACAUUCCAAAGAACUAGAUCCAUUGUGUUAAUCUUUUGGGAUAAUGAAAGAUGAUUUUAUUUUUUGUAGCAAGUCUUGAACUAAACUUUUGUUUUCAUGAUUUUAUAUUGUUCCUUUGGUGAUCAGAGAGAGAUGAAUGGUAAAAAGAGUGGCUCUCUUGGUUGAACCUUUCCUAAUGACUGUUCCAGGUCACUUAAUAGGCUUUCUUCCUUAUAUGAAAGAAUAAUCUUCCCUUUGUUGA